CUCGCACGUGUGGUGAGGCCGGAAGAAGACGCGUCUGGGGAUUCCUUGGUUUCGGGUGUCCCUUCUCCGGCAAAGGCUGCACCUGGGCCCUUCCUCGAGGCUGCGACAUGCCUCACAGGAAGAAGAAGCCCUUUAUAGAGAAGAAGAAAGCUGUCUCUUUUCAUUUGGUCCACCGAAGUCAGCGAGAUCCUUUAGCAGCAGAUGAGACUGCACCUCAGCGGGUUCUGUUGCCCACUCAGAAAAUAAAUGAUGAAGACAGACGAGCAGAACAGAGGAAGUAUGGUGUGUUCUUUGAUGAUGACUAUGACUACUUGCAGCACCUGAAGGAACCAUCUGGGCCCUCUGAGCUUAUUCCUACCAGUUUUUCAAGUACAUCCAACUGGAAAGAUGAUAAAGAAGAAACUUUAGUAAUUCCAAGCACUGGAAUUAAAUUGCCUUCGUCGGUGUUUGCAUCAGACUUUGAGGAAGAUGUUGGAUUAUUAAAUAAAGCUGCUCCUGUUUCAGGCCCUCGGCUGGAUUUUGAUCCUGACAUUGUUGCAGCUCUUGAUGAUGAUUUUGAUUUUGAUAAUCCAGAUAAUCUGCUUGAAGAUGAUUUUAUUUUUCAAGCCAAUAAGCCAAAAGAUGAGGAGGAAGGAUUGGAUCUACCGAAAGCUGAAGAUGGCAAUGAGUGGGAAGAUAUGGAUGAUGAUGAGGAGGAAAGUAGUGGCAAUGAGAAUGAUGACUCUGCAGACUCAUUAUUAGAUGAGGAUAUAUCUGUCCCUGGAAAACCUCUUGGAGAACUAGAAAAUCACUUUUUCUGGGAAGAGGAAACGAAAAGUCGCUUUACUGAGUAUUCUAUGACAUCCUCUGUCAUGAGGAGAAAUGAUCAGUUGACUUUGCAUGAUGAGAGAUUUGAGAAGUUUUAUGAACAAUAUGAUGAUGAUGAAAUUGGAGCACUGGAUAAUGCUGAAUUAGAAGGUUCCAUUCAAGUAGACAGCAGUCGUUUAGAGGAAGUUUUGAAUGACUACUAUAAAGAGAAGGCAGAGAAUUGUGUAAAAUUAAAUACUCUUGAACCCUUUGAGGAUCAAGAGUUACCAAUGAAUGAACUUGAUGGAUCUGAGGAAGAAGAGAUUGUUACUGUAGUUCUUGAAGAAGCCAAAGAAAAGUGGGACUGUGAAUCCAUUUGUAGUACUUACUCAAAUUUAUAUAAUCAUCCACAACUUAUCAAAUAUCAACCAAAGCCCAAACAAAUUCAGUUAUCUUCUAAAACAGGAAUACCUCUCCAUGUCUUACCCAAGAAAGGACUCACUGCAAAGCAAAUUGAACGAAUGCAGAUGAUUAAUGACAGUGACCUGCCAAAGGUGUCCACCCAGCCACGUUCUAAAAAUGAAAGCAAAGAAGCUAAAAGGGCAAGAAAGCAAGCGAUCAAAGAUGAGCGAAAGGAACGAAGGCUGGAGAAGAAAGCCAAUAAGUUAGCCUUCAAAUUGGAGAAAAGUAGACAGGAAAAGGAAUUGCUCAACUUGAAGAAGAAUGUAGAGGGUCUAAAGUUAUGACAGUGUGACAGUAGGACCUUUUUUGUUUUAUUUUUUUGUUUUUAAUGGGAUAUUUGGGGGUCAUACCCAGCUGUGAUCAGGGGUUACUCCUGGCUCUGUGCUAAGAAAUUGCUCCUGGCAGGCUCGGGUAACCAUGCGUGAUGCCAGGAAUUGAACCAGGGUCUAUCCUGGGUUGGAUGCAUGUACGGCAAACACCCUACUGCUGUGCUAUUGCUCUGGCCCAGACAGUAGGACAUUUAGGGUAAACAUACUGCCCAUUAAGACUACUAAAUAAGUUCAAGAUCGAAUGAAGUUCCUCAGAAUCACGAAAAUCACCUGUUGUUUUUAUGGACAAAUACUAAAAACAAUACAGUAUUUGUAUUUUUAUCAAUAAGCUGCUCUGCUUUCUUGAAAAUAUUGUAAAAAUUUAAAAAUGUACUAUAAGCUUAGGUUUGCUCUAAAAUAAUGACUUCAUGAAUAUGAAAUGUUUGGAUAAAAUAAAGGAAAAUAACUUAA